AUGAAUGUAUUAGUAGUAUUGGCAUUAGCAUUAUCUUACGUUUCGGCGGCCUCUAUACCAGAAUCUCCUGUUUUCCCCAAGGACUUGAAAGGUGCUAAAGUUAUUGAGGAACGUAUUACUAAUGGAUAUGAGGCUUAUCCUGGUCUAUUUCCAUACCAAGUUGGCUUGACAUUAUCACUUGGUCAAUAUGGAUCGAUGUGGUGUGGUGGUUCUUUGAUUGGCAAAACAUGGGUGUUAACUGCUGCUCACUGCACUGAUCGUGUAUUGUCUGCUACCGUGUAUUUGGGAAGUACUGAACGUACUGUUGCUCAAGUUACUUUUAAUGUCGACUCCACCUCCUUCAUCCAACACGCUGGCUACAAUCCUAUAACUUUGAAUAAUGAUAUCUCUUUGAUAAGAAUUCCUGAAGUUACUUAUUCCGAUGAAAUUCAACCUGUUAAGCUACCCGCUAUUUCCGAAACCUACUCAAACUAUGCUAAUACUUGGGCCACCGCAUCCGGUUGGGGACUUGAUGAGAACAAUGCAAGCGUAUCGAACCUGAAAUAUGCCCAAUUUCUGGUCAUAACUAAUGCUGAGUGUGCUAAAACCUAUGGAUCAAUGAUCACUAACAAUAUCCUUUGCGUUGCCACUCCUAGUGGUACUUCUACAUGCAGCGGUGAUUCUGGUGGCCCAUUAGUAUCAGAUUUUACAAAAGAACUCAUUGGUGUUACAUCUUUUGUUUCCCGAGCUGGUUGCCAAUAUGGUGCCGCAGCUGGAUUCGCCCGUGUAACCACUUACUUGGAAUGGAUUAGAGCUUACACUGGCAUUUCAUAUUAACUAAAUUAAUUUUACCUUUAAAAUGCUAGAAAAAUAGUUUAAUUUAUUACUGUUAUUAAAUGUUUUUCUUAA